AUGGCUGGGCCACAUGAUCAGCAUGGCUACAUCAGCUUCAUUGUAGGUGUCGAAGCUCACGAUCCGCAAACUGGACCGCGAGUGCCGGUGAGCUGGCGAUCCCACGCUGCCCGAGUUGGACACCGCAAACGGGCCCGGAAACCCGUCUCGGACGUGUCGAUCGUCGGCAGCAGCGCGGCAGACAGGUGUCGGCGGGCGCACGCCCGAGAGCAUCAUUCGGCUUGGACAAACUUAGGCUCGUCGCAACCAUGUCAUGAUCCUAUUCUCGAAGAUACCGUGUCGGAAAGGCCAAGCAGCGUCUCAGAACUCCAAGUUCGGCAAUCUUGGCGGCAUGGCCAGCAGGCGAGCCCGGCGAUCCUUUGGCGUGCUCCGCCAUUGUUCGACAACACGGAGAGUGCCGAGUUGUUGCAAUUCUGGCUGGUCAAGGCCGCACCAUUCCUGGUCCGCGGGCAACCCAGCCACCGUGGCGUUCUCUCCGUGCUGGUGCCCUCGACCUCCCUCUCGUCCGGCAUCGUCAAUCACAUCAUGAUGGCCCACGCGUUGACGCACUGGGCACGGAUCCAAGCCCCCUCGGCGCAGCAGCAAGCUGACCACCACGAUCGAAAGGCGCUGGCGCACUACACCGCGGCCCUCUCGGCGAUAAGAACCUCGGAAGCCACCACGGUGGAGAAACUGUUGACGUCUUGCCUGGGGUGGACAAUCGAAGGGCUUCAGGGGAAUCUGGACAGGAGCCAGAUGCACCUGGACGGCCUACAAGCGCUGAUCGACUGUGGAGAACAGGACGACGAGGCCAGACAACAGUUCAAACCGUUCCUCGCGCACGCAAAGGCCGUACACGGCAUCGUGCGGGAACGCCUUCGGUUUGCUUUGGACGGGGAUGCACAAGGCGAAUUUGGCAUGGACAGCCGGACAUUCGAUGUCGAAAGGUCUCGCCGUACCGAGCGAAGUUACACGUGGAUCGUUUCCCAUAUCUUGGCGUCACGGUCGAGACACUCGGUUUCGGCGACCCAGCCUGAAGCCAGAAUCCACGACGGCAUCGGCGAGUGGCUUCAAAGCUACAUCGAGCGGCGCUCUUCUUCUCCUCCCUUUUCUUCUUCUUCUUCUUCCUCCUCCUCCUCCUCCUCCUCGCGGCAAAGAGGCUCAACGCAAGGAAAACCUGAAGAUAGUCUCCAUCUCUUGAAUGAUCUGAUGGUUACAUUGCUGCCGCACGAUGUCGUGGCCAACAUUGGGCGGCUGGACGCUGACAGUGCGGAACGCGUGCUGACCACGGUGGAAUGCUGUUUCAAUCCCAUCCUGCAGACGUCUUGGGUGGAUUAUGUGCACCUGCUGGGAACGUUGCGGGUGGUGCUCCACCUCAGCCGGGAGGUCUGGUCGUCCGAACCGUGGCGGUCGUGCAUUGAGAGUCUAUUGCGAGCUGUCGAAGUCUGCGAGGGAAGCUGCUUGUCAGGAAGAGGGCCGAACCCUUCAUGCUCAAAAAGGAAAAGGGCGAAGUGGAAGAAGGUUGGGAAGAAGAUAAGUUUACAGACAGCGCAGGCCGAUCUUGAACGUCGAUAG